UGUGUGUGUGUGUGUGUGUGUGUGCGCGCGCGCUGAAUGAUUCAGCGCAGUACAGCAGCAGCAACGGGAGUAACCGUAGCGGAGGACCGUAGCAGCGGUAAUAAAGCCUCGUUUAACCGGGGAGAAGGACCGUAGCAACGGUAAUAAAGCCUCGUUUAACCGGGGAGAAGGACCGUAGCGGCGGGAAUAAAGCCUCGUUUAACCGGGGAGAAGGACCGGAUAGAAGGACCGUAGGACCCGGUUUUCAUUGAAUAUCACGGUGUGUGUGAACGGGCUGACUGAAUUAGUAGCAUUAGGAAAGUUCAUCCUUUACACCUGAACUUCCGCCCGGAGACAGGCUUUCAAUCAUUCCAAUGGUCAUCUUAUCUCACAAGGAGUCUCAGACUCAGUGUCUCCAUGGUAACGUUGGCGGGGUCUGAUGUCGGCCUCUCCUUCAGCUCUCCUCGCCCCUCCCGCCAUGCCCACCAUGGUCUCCCGGCUGCCCAAGUUUGGCUUCCGGCCCUCCUCCUCCGGAGUGCCCCAGGCCAGCAACCCUCAGAGCGUCCCUACUGCUACAGCUCCAGGUGGGACCCCGAUGGGCGGGGUCGACCUCUCUGCACCCCUCACCAACGGAUCAAACCACCAGCCCCCAAACACCGUCUCUACCGCCGUCACAGGGGGCCUGGUCAAGAACAAUGGUUUGCUCCGCAUGCCCGCCCCUCUCUCCAUAAGUUGGACCAAAAGAGGAAAGGUGGGGGUCAACAGGGCGGGCGUGCCAGGUAGGAAGAACGGGGCCGUGGCCCAGAGUGACAUCGUCACUCCGUGCCAACAGCUCCAACUCCCGCCAGCGCAACAGCAGCCGUCGCCGUCGACAACGCAGCGCUGGCUCAAGAAACCCAACCCCCCGGUAACCACGGCGCCGACGACAGUUGCCUCUAAAGUGCGCGUUUUUGGUUUGGGAGCAGCUUCGGCGUCCUCGCCACCAUUGGGCCCUAAACUCCUCCCUGCUGUAAAGGGCGGAGCCGGUGGCACCCGACCGGGCCAGAAGGCUGUGCCGGGCCUCACCAACGGGACCAGACCAAACCUCAACGGCCCCGCCCAGCGGUUCGGGGCCCUCCGCCAGCGUGCCAGCUCGUCCGGCUCCGGCGGGCCGGGGGGCUCGCGGCCCAGCUCUCGGUCGGGCUCCCCCCUCCUCAGCAAGCAGCCGGCCGGCCGCUCGCAGUCCAGCGACAGCCUGAGGACCGGGGGUCUCGGCGGGGGCGGCCCGUCCGUCCGCCUGCUGUCGGAAAAGGACCGUCUUCGCUCCCGGAGCCUGAACCAGGUGCAGAGGCAGCCCUGGUCCACGCUGCCUGCCGCGCUGUCGGCCGCGCCGGCCUCCUCCAGGAUCACGCGUUCAUACUCCCUCAACAGGGCCGCCGAGCGGGGCUCCAAGGAGCCGCCACCGACCCCGCCCUCCUCCCGGCUGCUGCUCCUCCCAAAGGCCCCGGGGGGCCGGUCCCCCCUGGCCAAGCACGCCCCUUGGGGGGACGCAGACGGUGUGGUGGGUCUCGGGGGAGCCAAAGGCCUCCUCCCGGUCUCCCACCUGAAGAAGCCCCUCCUGCCCAGCACUCACCUGUCCUACAACGCCCUCGGAGCCCACCGCUCGCGGCCGUCGCUCAUCAGGCAACCCCGCCCACUCCGCGUCACACCGGCCCCUGGAGCACAACACCACAGUCAGGAAGUGGAAGUCCAGGGAGCGGAAGCACGUAGGAAUUCUCUGGAGUCGCCCUCGGUCACGCCCUCCACCACGGAGAACAGCCCCGGCAGCACCCCUGAGGCGGUGGAGCGGGUGUCCCACGGCGAGGUCUCCCUCCUGGGGGAGACGCUGGAGGACAUGUCCCUGUCGUCCACCUCCUCCCUGGAGCGACACAACGACACCAGCCAGGAGUACAUGGACGACUUUGAUAACCUCGGAAACGGUGGUGUUGGAAUCCUGCUUCUCUCCACCAAUGACGGUGGAGAGGACAUGGCCAUGAACCAAUCGGAGUCCAGAACACAUGAUGUGAAAGUCCUCCGUAGCAGCGAUGAGACGAGGAUGUCAGGGAUGCCCAGCUUCCUCGGGGACAGCAUCGACUGGAGCGGCGUGAGGCUCAGUGGUGACCCAGAGGAUUACCAUUUGAGCAGGUUAACCAGGCAGAGGAGGACCAGCCAACCAGACUAUCCGGAACAGUGCGGGUCGUCUCUGGACCUGUCCCCCUCGGACAGCUGUGGUUCUGGGGGAACGUACAUGUGGGACGAGGAGGGUCUGGAGCCCCUGGGGGGGGCGGUGACCUCCGCCGCCACCAUCACGGCCAACACCGCCAGCACCGCCCAUCACAGAGGGAGCUACGACUCGGACCUCAAUAGCAUUGACCUACUGAACAAUCUGGACUCGUGUGAACUUGACGACGAUGACCUCAUGCUUGACGACGAGCUUCCUGAAGACCCGUUGCUGCACGGCGAUGGGGAUGGGAUCACCCACAUGGCCCAGUGGAGGAUGCCACAGCUCUGCUGGGGAACACAGGAUAUCCACAAUGACAACAGUGAGUUCCAGUCCUACCAUCUGACCGAGGACCCUGGGAACCAAAGGAGCGACAAGGAGCUCCUCCUGGGUCUGUCGACUGCAAGGUCUGCUGGUACCAGUACUGGUCUGAGUCUAUCCCUGAACCGGGACCUAGACCUUGAUUUGAGUCUGGGUAUGGAUCUCGGUCUUGGGAUGGAUGUGGAGGAGCUGGCUGAUAACUGCUCUGCUGUCCGAGCUCAGCUGGAACACCUGCAGAGACUCCUGCUACAGGAGGGAGGGGGUGAGGAGGAGGAUCUAGAGGACACCCUGACCACAGACACCCUUAGCCCAGAGGACUCCAACAGCUCAGAGGAGCAGCCCCUCAACAAACAGGUGGCAGAGCUGUUUUGCGAGGUGCAGCAGCUAAGGCAGGACGUGAGGAGGAGGGAUCAAACCAUCGCACAGCUAACACAGCAACUGACUGUUCCCGUGGUGACUAGCAUGUGUCACUGCCGGGAGACGGGGACGGAGAGGCGGACGGACGGACAGACGCAGACGACGGUAGCAUACGGAGGGCGGGCAUGGCUGCACCAGGCCUCACAGACACCCUGGAGGGAACACAAUCCUCAGGUACUACCGUCCCAUAUCCAGCUGGACCAUCAGGGCCAACUGACCCGGACAGCCCCCGGCCUGGCCCGCCGGGCGCCCCCCCCCGCUGAACCCACCUCCCCCGUGGUACUCCAACACCGCCUGACUCUUUCAAGCAACGACACUCUGGAACGGCCCGCCACCCCCGCUCACGCUGGCCCCAGCCCGUCUCCUCCUCUUCCUCCUCCUCCUCCUCCUCCCAUGGACGGCGGCAAUGCGUCGGAGAGGAGCGUGCAGGGAGAGGAGAGGGGGAGGGUUCUGAAAAGAGGAGUGAGCGCUACGAGGAGGGGGUCCGAGGAGGAGAAGGGCGAGGCCUUUGAGCCGACGCCGGAGGGGAGGAGGAGACACAAGCAGCCGGGGAAGGAGGAGAAAGGAGGCGCACGAGGAGGGCAAUCCCUCCUGCCAUCCGACAAACUGCGCCACCUCCCUUUCCUCACCUCCAAGAUCCCCCUCUCCUCCUCCUCCGCCGCUACGCUUACCCCAGCCAGCCCAGCGGUCUACCCCAGCAUGGCCAGCACCCCGCCGAGUCCCACCCGCACCCCCAAACCCCGGCCCAGGGCUCUCAGGCAGCCCUUGGCGCCCCACCAUGCAGACCACAGCGCUGCUUCUGGGGCCAAAGUCAGAGCCGCUCCCCCAUUGGCUGGCUCCUUGCAACUUCCCCAGCAAAAGAACCAAGGACCAAUCCUGUGAUCUUGUCCGUCUUUCAUGCCUGAUCGCCUCCCUGUUAGCGGGCCUGACCCUCCUCAACUGUUUGUCCCAGUCCUCUAGCUAACCGGUUAAGCUAUUCUUUGUCUUCAUUCUUUCUACAACCCACCUCCCCGCCUAAACUCUCUGUUCCCCCCCCACCCAUGGCAACUUCACAGUCAGCAUGGCCAACAACAACCAAUCCCGACAUAUGAGUUCAAACCACGUACUCAUAACUUCCAGACUCUACGGCUGCCACAGCAUCCUCUAUGGCUCACCUAACACAAUCCUCCAUAAACUUCAGUACGUCCAGAAGUUCCCCGCACGCUCACCUCAACCCGCCGCCGAGAUCACCUCAGCCCAGGCCUCCACAACCUCCACUGGCUCCCAUUUCAAUUUAGGAUUAAUUUCAAGGUACGACUCACCACCUAUAAAGUCCUAAAUAACCUGGCCCCUCCCUACCUCUCCGACCUCCUCCACCUCCACACUUCCACCCAUUGCCUCAGGUCUACGGACACACACACACUCAGAACCCCCAAGACCAAGCUCUGCACCUGGGGUUACAGGGCCUUCUCUCACACUCCCUCUGGAACUCCCUCCCCGACCACAACCGACCGGCCAAAACACUCCCUUCAGUUAAACCCUCAAAACCCACCUCUUUAAUUAAUAUUUAUUUAUGAGUUGUAUAUUUUUUUACCUUUUUGUUCUUUCACUGUUUUUUUUUUUUUAACCCUUCUUAAGAACGCUUUCACCACAGAACUUCCUUUCGUUCCCUCCCCUUUCCUCCUUUCUUAUCUUGUUUUACUUUUUAUUUAACCUUUAUUUAACCAGGUAAAAGUCUCAUUGUGAUUAAAAUCCCUUUUUCUUACUAAUAUACUUUCUUAUUGAAUGAUUUAUUUUUGGGUUCGCUCUGUAAAGCGUCUUUGAGACCCUAAAAAGCGCUAUAUAAAUCGAAUGUAUUAUUAUUAUCAAUAUUAUAUAUCUAUGUGACUGUGGGUCCGACCCCUUGCUGCUAUACACAUGUACUCACAACGCUCAACCCUGAUUGGUCUGUCCGUCUGUCCGUCACUUGAACGACCAUGGAGGUAAUGUUGGGAGGAGCUCACACUGGGAGGAGCCACUGGAUUGUUGAAGGGGUUAUAAGCUUUGAGACGAAGGCAGGAACACAUCUUUGUAUGUAUAUAUCUGCAUCUGUACUUGUACGUGUUUCCAUGAGCUUUUGGAGUCACUUCUGUUUAUUAUUUAUAAUUCGGAAAAAGGCACCUUAACAUGAAGAAAUCCGAUCCCUGCUGUGUGUCCACCGAUCCGUACGAGGUCGGGAGAACACGGUCAAACGGAAGUUGAAUUGCAUUCUGAAAUGCUGUCGAGAAAGAGCUUUUCUCCAUCUGUACAUGUAAUUUAAUGUUUGAUAAUACUUAUGGGUAUAACAAAUUGUAGCCUAUUUAAAAGUGUUGUUUCCUCAUCCAUUAAUUUUAAGUUAAAUUGUGUAAUUUAUAUUUUGUUUAUUUAUUUACAAUGUUGUGCUGUUAAGAAACUUGUUGAGAGAAGUGUUGCUUUUAAGCUUUUGAAAAGUUUGGUUUUAAUCAUCACAUUUAAUUAAAGAUACACUGUCCUAUUUGAACAAAUUGGUGUCACACCUACAAUCACUAUAAUCGUGUUCAUAAAAUCUCACCCAAAAUGCGAGUCUGACCAAAAGCAAUGUUAUGCAGUUGCGUACUACUGAAAGGUUAGCUCUUACUAGUUAAAUAUGGUAAGGAGGGAGAACAGACAGGUAUGUCAUGCCAACACACCAGAUAAAAUCGUUUAAGUAACGAUGUGAAGCUCGAGGGUGUUAGGGGGGAUGAGGAUCCAUUGAUACCACUUGGUGAAAUACUUUAACAGUUUCAAAUGUUGUAUGGCUAUCCUUUUAACUGUAAUCGAUUUGUGAUUUCAAAACAGAAUCGUUUUUGGAGCUCAAACAAAAGGAGCUUAGCGAGCGUUGUGGUGUGAUUAAAGAACUGACCCUUAAUGUUUAAAUGUUUAUUAUGACGUAUAUGCAAUAAUUGUAUGGCUCAUUGCCUGCUACAGCCAUUAAACCUAUCCCUUCCUUUUUGAUCCGCAACUUCUCUGUCUUGUUUAAUAAAACUGUGCUGCUAGAAAUCCUUAAUUGUACUAAUAACUACGGCGUGUAUGUUUUUGUCCCCACACAAAUGCUGUUCAUCAAAAUAACUAUAUGCAAUAUCAAGUAUGGCUAACGCUACAAGUUCGGAGUGUCAGAAAGACAGUCAAGUGAUCACUAGGUUGCCGGUUCAAUCCCCGUCCCUUCCAGUCAAUUAGUGGUUAUAAUCCAUAUCCACUCAAUCCACUUGUAUCUGUUCCUUUAGUUGACUGCAAUAUGCUUGCGAUGAGAUCUACAGCGGAUAUGGUUAACUGACAUUAAAACUAUAUAACAUGUAUGUUAUUAAUGUGGACGGUUUCUCUGGAGUUCAACUGUCAAUCGAUGGAAUUCUGUUAAGCUGCUGCUUCACAACAAGCAUGAUUUACCGAUAACGAUUAAAACACAAUUUCCUUCUGUUGAAA